AUGCCCAAUCUUCCAACUGUUACUCUCGAUGGUACGCUUGCUGACUUGUACAAGCGUGCGGGCCCUAACUACAAAGACAAGCGUAUAGCGCAGGCGGUGUGUCUCGCGAGCUCGGCGAUUCAUCUUAGCGAGGAUAUCCCUCGAAAUGUCAAGUAUCUCUAUCAGGACGGUGCCUUCAAUGAGUGCUCGGAUGAGGAUGGAAGCUUUUGUCUGGGCGCUGCGUGGGAGCGGGAAUGGUCCGUAAAGAUGAACGCGCUCUCUCCGCAACGCGAUGCAUUCCUCAGCGGCAACACGCCUGUCGUGAUGUUCCACAUGGGAGAUUCCGAUGCACAACGGGCACACGACAAGAGCGAGGUGGAGAGAACCAUGUCCGCAUUGUCGCCGACGCAACGGCCGGAAAUACGCUUCUGUCUAGGGCCAGGGGACAUGCCGGUCAAAGAGAAGGAUAUCGAUCUUAUUUCCUUCAAGCUGGUGUUUGACGGUCUGGAGGGACACAAGGUCAUCAUGCCACUGGAGACGGCCUGGUACAUCAACACCAAAGAAGCACUCGCUAGAUCAGAUCUGCCUACGCCGAGAUGCGACAUAGUCAGAGUAGAGGGCCACGGUAACGUCGCCUGCUGCGAAACAUGUCGAAACCACAACAGCUUCAUCAUCCCAGCGGGCUGCACGGGCACCAGGGGAGCCUGGUUUUCUGAGCAGAGCGCGAAGAUAUACCAGGCGAUAUCGUCACACCCGCUACCCUUCGUGUUCAAGAACCAGCAGGCCUACAGCGGCGCAGGGACACACCUCGUGCGCAACGAAGGCGAGCGCCAGAAGCUAAUACAAUAUCUGCGGAACGGGGCCCUGCGCAGACUCCUGUCCUUCGUAAAUGAGAGCAACCAACACCUUGGGCCCGCCAUGAUCCUGCUGACCGAGUUCGUGGCGGACGAGAUCGGCAACUACGGGAUAUCAUUUUUCGUGACGGAAGAUCCCGACGCGCCCGUCUUCCUCGCCGUCACGGAGCAGAUCCUGUUGGAGGGCAAACACUACAUCGGCAGCUCGAUCCGGUAUGACCGUCAAGACGCGCUUAAGAAGAAGUUCGAUAGGCUCGUGAAGGAUAUGGCAAGGUGGUAUCGCGGCUACGGCUAUGUGGGCCCCGUCGGCGUGGACGUCCUCGAGACGGCUGGCCCGAGCAAGGAUGGGCAGCAGCAGCAGGUAGGGAGCCGGAUGCAGAACGGAAAGCGCGAGCGGGAUAUCGGAAAUGAUGAGCAUUCGGUCUUCCAUGUGCUUGACCUCAAUGCUCGCCCGUCAGGUCAGCUGUGCUUGCCGCUUCUGCGGAGUCACUUUACCUCUCGCGGUCUUCAAUGCGCCGCUUCGUUCUUCAUGCGGAUAUUGAAGAGAAGGAAUAAUUUCAUCAGCUUGUUCGAAAAAGAGUUUGAGGAGGGAAGGGUGUGCAUCCUGAGCUGGUAUGAUGAUCUCGAGUCCGAUGUUAGCUUCGGAAACGUGGUAGUAGGAGCUGAGGAUCCCAAUGGUCUGGUGGAAGACAUGCAAAGGAUUCGGGAUAUAUCGGAGGAAGUUAUGUUUUGA